GCUACUUCGGUGUAUAUGCGCGCGUGUAUUGGUGGGACACGCACUUCGGCGGGGCCGUGGUUCUCGCUCUCUCUCCUGUUACAUCUCAUUCCCUCUUUCUCUCGAACCCCUCUAUUCACCGCGACUAUCCUCUUUGUCGCCCUCACGGAGGCCAUCGUACCGAAAGCGACCGAGCCAGGCCAGGCACUACGCAAGAUGGCUGUGUGUCGCUAACGAGAGGCCGACAAACCAGACGGGGAAAAGACAACCCGGGGAUAAACGGAACAUGCUGCUACGUGAUCGUCGGGCCCGUCCCUGAACAGAGAGACACUGGCCAAGAAGCGAGAGGUUUCGUAUGACAUCGACGCGACAGUCAUUUAGAAGACCGUGAGACGGGAAACCGAAUCGAGAACAUCUGUUGCCGAAAGCUUGAAAAGGCGAACAUAACCUCAAAAUGUCGGUUUGCAUGCGUCGCUACUCGGAGUGUCAACGCGCAGAAACCUGAUAUUCGGUAGAUGCCUUUUGAGAGCCGCUGGCCCGAAUCAGCGUGGAACCAUACAAAGGCACAUGGAAUGUGUGACAUGUUCAUCCAAACACAGCAGACGAGUAGCGUCAACGGCAGCAGCAGCAGCAGCAGCAGCAGCAGUAACAACACCGUUCACCACCACAGCAAGAAACGCAAGUUGGAGUACAACGUGAGUCAGCCGGUGAUCCAACACGCAUUGGUCCAAUCGACCGGCGACUACCAAUUAGACAAUACCGGUCUGCAACAACGGUACUCCGUGAACGGUGCUAAUACCGCAUUUAGCUCGCUGCACAACAAUAAUGCGCUGCAGAAGAGUAGCCCGAACCAACAGACCCUGGUACGAGCCUCGACGAUCAAGCUCUUAGACACGUACCAACGCUGUGGCCAGAAGAGAAAAACUUGGUCGAGGGAGGGUAAUGGUGACGGCCUGGCAGUCCACUCCGCCAACGCGACGAACGCAGUGGGUAGUACUGUAGUGUCGCAGCACCACACUCAACAGCAACAGCAGCUGCAACAACAACAGCAGCAGCAGCAACAACAACACAAGCAGACAGGCAUGACGGCACAUAGCAAGCAAGUGACCAACGCUGCCAAUGGAGGCGGUGGCAGCAAUCCUCAAGGAGACGGAGAUUACCAGUUGGUACAACACGAGGUUCUCUAUUCUAUGACUAAUCAGUAUGAAGUCCUCGAAUUUUUGGGCAGAGGUACUUUUGGACAGGUCGUGAAAUGCUGGAAAAAGGGAACCAAUGAAAUAGUAGCCAUCAAAAUUUUGAAGAACCAUCCAUCAUAUGCGCGCCAAGGGCAAAUUGAGGUCUCCAUCCUGUCUCGACUUAGUCAGGAAAAUGCGGAUGAGUUCAACUUUGUGCGCGCUUAUGAGUGCUUCCAGCACAAAUCCCAUACCUGCUUGGUCUUUGAGAUGCUAGAACAGAAUCUGUAUGAUUUCCUGAAACAGAAUAAAUUUUCGCCUCUACCGCUCAAAUACAUCAGACCGAUUCUCCAACAAGUACUCACCGCUCUUUUAAAACUUAAGCAAUUGGGGUUGAUUCACGCCGAUCUUAAACCAGAAAAUAUUAUGUUGGUGGAUCCAGUACGUCAGCCUUAUCGUGUUAAAGUUAUUGAUUUUGGGUCAGCCUCUCAUGUGUCUAAAGCUGUCUGCAACACUUAUUUGCAAUCGCGAUACUACCGUGCACCUGAAAUUAUACUUGGACUUCCAUAUUGUGAAGCGAUAGAUAUGUGGUCGCUCGGCUGUGUGGUUGCGGAAUUAUUUCUAGGGUGGCCUUUGUACCCUGGUAGCUCGGAAUAUGAUCAGAUUCGAUAUAUAAGUCAGACGCAAGGUGUACCAACGGAACACAUGUUGAACAAUGCCAGCAAAACAACAAAAUUCUUUUACAGAGACAUGGACAGUACAUAUCCAUUUUGGCGAUUAAAAACACCGGAAGAACACGAGGCUGAAACUGGUAUUAAAUCUAAAGAAGCAAGAAAGUAUAUUUUUAAUUGUCUUGAUGAUAUUGGUCAAGUUAAUGUUCCGACCGAUUUGGAGGGUGGUCAACUUUUGGCAGAAAAAGCAGAUAGAAGAGAGUUCAUAGACCUCUUGAAGAGGAUGCUCACGAUGGACCAGGUAGAGCGCCGUAUAACACCCGGGGAGGCUCUGAACCAUGCCUUUGUUACGCUGGCUCACUUAGUCGAUUACGCGCAUUGUAACAAUGUCAAGGCUUCCGUCCAAAUGAUGGAGGUUUGCCGACGAGCCGGUGAUUUCACUGCAAGUCCAGCGCAUCACCAAGCUCCGCCAGCACCUCAACCACCUCCACCAACGUCAUUGGUAGCUAAUUUCGUGCCGACGACGAAUGGUAGUGCCGUAACUUUCACCUUCAAUAACCAGUUGACCAAUCAAGUACAACGAUUGGUUAGGGAACAUCGCACUGCACAAACAGGAUAUGACAAUCUGUAUCAAAUAUACAGUAACAGUAGUCGUCGUGCGACUCAGUACAGUAGCUCGUCUAGUGGAUCAAAUAGCGGACGAAGUGGAGUACAUGACUUUCCGCAUCAAUUGGUACCCGGUCUACUUUGUCACCCACCCAGUUAUCAAACGAUGCCAAGUCCUGCAAAACACGUAGUUGUUGCUCAACCUCCGCAAGCGCAACAAGCUCCGUUACAAAUUCAACCAUCAAUUAUAUCGCAGCAAGCUGUUGCUGCUGCAGCUGCAGCUGCUCAACAACAGUAUGCUGCGGUACCCGUAUCUAUGGUAGAAACUGGACGACAAAUGUUAUUGACCAAUGCUGUACAAACCUCUUGGCCUGGUGGAAGCCGUCAAAUGGCUGCUAUCGUACCAUCUUGGCAGCAAUUGCCACCGCAACAUGCAGCGAUACAACAACCAUUAUUGAGUGAUGCCGGGGAUUGGGGAAGACCUCUUAUUGUAGAUAGUUCUGCCAUUUUGCAGGAUCAGCGGCCAGUAUUUCCUGUCACAGAAGUUUACAACACUAGUGCCCUUGUUGAACAUCCUCCUCAAGCUUGGGCAAAACGCAGUGUCACGAAGCAUCAUCAACAUCACGUGACAGUACCUCAACAAUCUCAGCAUAGGCAUGAGCAUAAGAAAGAAACGCAGCAAUUAAGUCCGGUGAAAAAGAGGGUAAAAGAAAGUACACCUCCGAGCAACAUGAGACGGCAUUCACCUUCGAGCAGUCAUUGGCAGCAACAACCCAUGCAACAACAUCAUCACAGCAGUAAACACAGCAGUAGUCAUAACGUGGAACACCAUCAAGUUACAUCUGGUCGGCAACAAACUAUUACAAUUCAUGAUACCCCAUCACCAGCAGUUUCUGUUAUCACGAUUAGUGAUAGCGAAGACGAAACGCCGGGCAAAUGCUGUGGAGAUCGGCAAUGCGGAGCCUGUCAAAAUUUGGCAACUCGCCUGUCUGGCGAUGGACGUCCAGUUCGCGAGGAAGUCAUUCGAAGCACGCAGUCAACACCACGCGUGGUCCAGCCUAUGCAACAAACUCAUUCGAGUAGUCAAUCGCACACUAAUGGACACGCAACAGCACAUAGUACGUCUCAGAGGUCGCAACGGAAAAAUAUCAUCAGUUGUGUAACUGUUGGUGAUAGCGAUGGCGAAGCUAGUCCGGGUCGAGCACAUAAUCAUCUAUAUCAACAUUUACCGCAACAUCCUCAACAUCAGCAAACUACGCAGCUAAUUAAACACGAACCUCAACAACAACAUCACGUCAGCAGUAGUAGCUCUGGAUAUUCUUCUCAAUCGCAAAAGAAACGUUUGUUGGCCAAAGUACAAUCCGAAUGCAAUAUGGUGAAUGUUGCGACGAAACCGGAGCCCGGUGUUGAGUAUCUUGCACCACAUCCGUGCCACGCGCCAGCCUGUAAAGAGCCACCGACCUAUCAGGAUGAUGCCUAUGACAUGCAUGACUACUUCUUGCAGUAUGUGACCACGAGUAGCGCGCAUCCCCACCUUCAAGAGCAGCAUAUUGUGUAUACGACCGGCACGGACAAGCGGGUAUCAUGGCCUGGAAAGAGAGCUGAAUACAAACACGAGUACGUUCAACCACCGGCUGCUCAUUCCAGAGACCAUCAGAAAUGGGCAGUGGCAAAUACUGUGCAUCAGUAUAGGCAGAGCCAGGUGGUGGGUUCGGCAGCCCAUCCGGGUCAUACCCACAGUCAUCAUGGGCAUCCGGCCCACCUCAGUCCUGGGGGCGGUGGCGGGGGUAGAAGUCCUGCAGGGGGGCCUGUAAUAGGAAGUGCCCAACAUCUGGGGCAGCCCCUGUACCAGGAGUACGCUCACGUACGUUCAAGAGCCCAUGCCGUGCCACCCCCGGUAUACGUUACCGCCGCGCCUUCUCAGGCUCCCACUGCUAUCCAGCAGCAACAAGUGCCCACCUAUCAGGGAUUCACACCCGGGUGGGUACCUAGACACCUAGUUGAUGCAUGCAUCUCGUCUCCAUUAACGUUGUAUGAUUCUAGUCGAGCGUUGCCACCACCAGCUCAUCACAGCUCGGCCAGACCGUUACUGGCAAGUCAUGCAGCGCAUCCACUGCCUGCACAUAUGCAGCCAACAGCCGUUUACGGAUUGGCCCCGCUUUCACCGGCCAAACAUCAAUAUCAGCCUUCUAGUUUGUGGUUCACCGAGUAAAUUAUUCCUCUGUCUGGUUUCAGAAGAAAAAAAAUCAAACGGCGCGCGAGCACUGGUUUUCGCCGCAUCUUUUUUUUUUUUUCUUUUUCUUUUUCUUUUUACAAGAAAUUUUACAAGAUCGAAAGAUAUUGAUCGCACUACGAUGAUCGAAUAAAGGGAAAAAGAGAACUCAUCAUAUUUGUCACAUUCAUUCCUCGCAAACGUGUUUUUUUACUAGCAAACGAAGGGGAUUUUUCGCGAUUACUAUUAUCAACUAUUGUAAACACAAAAUAAAACAUUAAGCUUGUAUCGUCACGAAAAUGAAAUUUAUGACUGAAAAGACUCGACGGAGUCUCAAGACGAGACCGUUGAAGUUGUUCUUCAACUUAACUUUUAGACAAUCCGUCCUUAAACAGCGAUCGCCCCCUUCAAACUGCCUGUCUGUGCUAUUAUAAAAAGAAGAAAAAGAAGAAGAAGAAGAAAAAAAAUGGAGAAUUAUCCAUGAUUUCGAUCGAAAAAGGAAAUAUAUAUAUAUAUAAUAUAUAUAUAUAUAUAUGGGUCCGAAAGUCGAUAGACUGAUCGCGUUUGCGUCGCGUCCUAAUGCUUUCAUUAGCGUAUUUGUCGUACGUAUCCAUUAUGAAACGUGUUGUCUUUUUCCUUUUGUUCGGUAAAUCGUAAAUAUUUGAACGAAAAAGUAAAUGAAAGUAAAAAAAAAAAAAAAAGAGAGAGAGAAAGAAAAGUAGAAAAAAAUGAGAUAAAAUGUGAGAAAGUUUUUUUGAUACUUCUCAUUGCGCAAUUGUUUCCUCAGUGAACCAUUGCUUUGAUGAUUUAUAUUUGUAUUAUUUUUCCAAAUAUUAUUUGGUGAAUAUGAUCGAUAUACAAUUUUGUUCGGCUUAGACGGCGCAUAUGUUAUAUACUUGGCAGUAUAUAUAUAUUAUAUACUUGAUGUGUUUUGUAUAUUUUUGACGAAAAAAAAAAGAAAAAAUGUUGCCGCGCCAAAAAAAAAAAAAAUUACGUAGAUGUAUAAACGAAAAAAAGACCAAGCGAUUUUGUCAUGAUAUCUGAAUUUGUAUUGUUUCAAAUUAUGCGCGGUUUAAGUAGAUAAACCAUCGAUAUCGGUGAUUUGGUGAAAAAGAAAAAAACAAAAAUUGGGCUACUUUAGUCAACAACAAUUAGCAAGUUAUCUUUUAUCAAAGUUCAGCGUUAACGGGAAAUAAAUUUGCAUUUCUUUUAUGGUAUGAUACAUAUCAUACGCAUAUUAUAUUUUUAAUGAUGCUCGUUAAAGAAAAAAGAUAAUCUUAGCGCGGCAAUUAGUUAAUAGAAUUUCAACAACAGAUUUUUGUUACUUGAGACGCUGUCAACUGACAACGCUUUAAUAUACUAUAAUACCAAGCGUUCUCUUUCAAACGGGCUAUUUGAUGUCGAUGAAGAAUCCCGUUCUACAGUCGUGAGGGAGUUGAUCAAUUACACGCAUACACACAUCAUACACGACACAUUGAUUCGUUGUAAUAAAAUGUGUUCCAAGUUUUAUUUGUUGUCUCAAUAGGAGUGCUGGUGGUAUUUCCGCAUACAUCCUUCUGAGGAUGUUGCUACAUGAAAGUGUGUGUUUGGGUUUAGAAUCGAAUUCUUCUGUUUUGAUUCAAACAUGUUACGAAUAUAUUUAAUCGCACGAUUAAUUUGUAUUUGACAAAAGCUGUGCCUUCUCGCAGCAGCCUCACUAUUUAUUUUUACUACGUAAUUACUCUUAUUCUCCUCAUUAUAAUUAUUACUAUUACUAUUACCACUACUACUAUUACUAUUACUACUACUACUACUACUACUACUAUUACUACUAUUACUACUAUUACUACUACUACUACUAUUAUUAUUGCGAUUAGGCAUCACUGAUUUUAAGAUAAUUACACUAGCAGUUUUCUUCGUAGAUAUCCCCCGUUUACAAUAGAAUUGAAUUAGAUUCGUUGAAUUGAAAUUUCUUGCUCUUACAACAUUUUUUUUCAACGUUGAAAACGAUUCUCGUACAAUAAAUUUCACACACUUUUCUUUUCAUCGACACCCUUGUUUCACCUGUUACGUUACAACGUUUUGCAUUUCACCAGGGGUUAUAUAUUUAAGAAUGUACCUAUCGAGUACAUUGCACAAAUAUGCGGUACACAAUAAUUAGGAUGGACAACAACAAAAGGGAUGUGUGUACGAUAAUCGCGAAAUUGUAAAAUUUGAGGGAAGAAGAGAAGGAGGAUUGAGGAUGCAUUCAAUCUUUGCAACACUUAAUUCGUCGAAAAAGUCGAUGUUUGCAAUUAUUCGCUUACAAUGUCGGAUUGCACACAUUUUUUUUUCUUCAACGUACACUCGAUUCUUUCUAUUGCGAUCAGCGUGUCAAUGGUGCAACUUUUUUUUUUUCUCACGAUUCUCUUUUGUUUUUUUUUUUUUUUUUUCUCUCCCCUUGAAUCGAAUCAUGUUCUUCCUUGUCGCACUUCUUCACGUCAGUAUAAAGGAAGCAAUUUCUAUCUUCUUAAUGGAAAAAAAAAAAAUAUUAAUUGCAAUUCUCCGCAUUCGAUGUACAUGUGCAUGCCCAAAUGUCGAUUUGUACAUAUAAUUAUCGCGAGUGGCUCUCUUCCUACAUUUUAACGUUGAAACAGCUGUAAGGAUGGAUUUGCACACUCAUCAUCAUUUUACGACUCGCGAAAUACUUUUAACAAAACAAAAAAAAAAAUGAUUUUUCUGCGUGCUGACGUAUUAUAUCUCGUGGUUUUUAACGGAAUGACGCUUAGGCAUUGUUUUGCUAAUUAUUUUAUAUAAAUAGCUGUAUGAUAACGUACGGAAUAUUAGCUGCGGUAUGUUGAUUGUAGAGUGAACCAUGUCCAGAGUUUAAUUAGAAGUAUUUUACACUUAGAGCGAAAAUGUUGAAUGAAUAAGUGAAGAUGAAUAAACGAUCGUGGUUAGCGUGAUUGAUAGAGAGAAAGAGGAAGAGAGCGAGAGAGCAGUGGUAGAGAGAGAGAGAGAGAAAGAGUGUGUGUGUGUGUGUGAUAGAAUGAGAUUUUUAGAUAUGUUACCUAUAUCGUAAAGAAAUUUUUCAAUUUCCUAAAAAAAAAAAAAAAAUUAACACAAUGCAAAAACUGCUAAUUCGUAAUUAAUUCCAAUUCGGUAGAUAAAGGAUGGAUAAUUUUAUAACAUAAUCAAAAGACACUUAUUACGAAGAAUCGGAAUAAUGAUAUUCCCUAUUAAUUUAUUUCUCGCGAAAUAUUUAAAUAUCCGUUCGAUCUAAUUUUUUAAACAUAAAUUUCAAAUUUAUGCAGCACGUUAUAAUGAAUGCAAAUUGGCUUUAUCCGUUUAUCUUUAUUUACGCGCAAUAUUAUAUCGAUGUAAAAUUAAAGAGGAAAAAAAAAAAAGUCAUGUAACCAAGUCGAUGUGCCUGUUUAACGAUUAAUCAUAAUUUACAUUUAUAUUUACUGCAAACCGAGUAUAGUAGAAUCACAGAAACGUGUAUAGUGAAAGUUGCAGUAAACGAAAGAAAACAAAAAAAAAAAACAAAGUUACAAUCAGCUUGUAAGUGUUACGUAUUGUAUCGAUCAUACGGUACGAAUUAUACAAUUAUAAUUAUUAUACAAACACGUUUGCGCGCCUACAUGUAUAUAUGUAUGCUUCCAUAUAAACCGUAGAAAUUGUAUCGCAUAGAAGAAAAGUUUUUUUCUUCUCGUAAGUCGUGAGAAACAAAAAGUCAUAUCCUUAGAUUUUUUCGCAUUCUACGUAGAAAAGGGAAAUAAGGAAACUGUCGUUGCGGGUGUGUAUCUAUAGAAACAUGUUUUCUUUUUUUUUUUUUUUUUUUUGUUUUCGUCGCGUGAAUCGAUGCAUGCAUAAACACACACGUAAGAAGACGAGUACACACGACAGUCUCACGCGUCAUAGUCAUGUACCAUCAUGCUUCAUUUUUUUUUUUUUUUUCCUCUGUACAUUCGAACGUAUAUAUUUACAUACGUGUCACUAGAUAGGCGAUAGAAUUUCAGUCAGAUUUCUUUCUUUUUCUUUUCCUUUUUUUUUUUUUUUUUUUCUUUUUCUUCUCUUCUCUCUUCAUCCAAAGAGCAAGUCUUGACUGACGAUAUAUAAUAUUCGUAUAACGUUAGCAUAAGACUGUAAUUGCUGAUCGUGGAAUCGAUCGUUCUGAUUAAUCACUAUGAUAUAUCUGAUAUAUCUACGUAUAUAAGUAUUUUAUUUUAUUAAGUUCACGUUGUUAUUAGCGUCGAGUAUGGAAAAAAGUAUUUGGGUAAAAUAGAUUUUAGAUGACCAGCUUGUGGAGUCGGAUAUCGGUUAUUCUCUAACAAAUAGAAUUAUAUUAUUGUCGAUGUUAUUAUUAAUUAAUUAAUUAAUUAAUUAACAGCUUUGGGUUUAGUAUACGCAACUAUACAAUGAUCCUAUGUUAGUUUAUCACUCUUUUAGGUGUAGAUCGUCAGUCAGUACAAGCUCAUAGUCAUAUUAGCGCAGUCAUUGUUACUUUAUAAUAACGUUUUACGCUGUGUACGGUUAGAUAAGUAACCAAACGCGUCGCGUCGAUGCGUAUCUAAAUAACAGUAGCUCACCACUAAUGCGGAAAAAAAAAAAAAAAUAAAAGAAAACGAUUUCUUUUUCUUUUAUUUUUUUUUUUUUUUUCUCUGAAAACGUACCGUAAUAUUAUAACGAUGGUUCUAGUUGUGAUAUUUUAUUAAUUAUAAGAUCCAACAUUUUCGAUGCACGAUGUUAUUUUGAUCGGGCUUUUAGAUAGGCCAACGUGCAUGACGCGUUAUAUAUAUAAAUCAUAUAAAAAAAAAAAAAAUAGUAUAGUGUUUGUCGUUAACGAUCGAGAAGGUUAUACGUUAUCAUACGAAUGUCACUUUCGAUAGGAUGAUGAUACUGAUGUUACCUUAGCUGCUCAUCGUCCAAUUUGUUCGAAUUUUCUUUGAUAUUUCUUCUUAAGCUUUUUUUUUUUUUUUUUUAUCUCUUUUCUUUCCUCUAGCGAAUUUUUUGCUUCGAGUGACACGAUAGAUUAGACGACGUUUGUGGUAGAUUUUUACUUCCAUAUUUUUUCACCACUUUAGAGGGAAAAUUGUGCUAAAAAAAGAAAAAAGAUACGAUAUUUUCUAGGAUAGAUGGUGACGCUACUUCACACUCAUUGUUGGGCGCAAGCGUAACAGUUUACCUCUUCCUUUCGGGUGACACGAUGAUACAUAAUAUAAUACAUUCAAAAAAAAGAAAAAAAAAAAAGAAAAAAAAAGAAAAACAAGGAACACAUGUACAAAAUAAUACACCUACAUAAUACACGGAUUAUAAGCGUGCGCGUUCACGCGCGUACGUGCACAUACAUGUAUACACUCGAAGCUAUAGAGAUAUAAUAUUAUUUUAAUCAUUUUUAAAUUUGUAAAUAUAUUUCUUAUCGCAUCAGGGCAGAAGGGAGCGGAGUGAUUUCUUAGUGUCUAGGUGUAGUGCCUAAAAUGUUAAUGAGAUUGUGUCCAAUAGAAAAUUUAUUUAGUGUGUGGAAUCUCUAAUGCUCGAUCCCGAGUGCUCGUGCAUGGAACUUGAAAUUUCUUUCUUUCGGCUCGAAAGACGAAAGGGAAGAAAAAUAACGAUUAAUAAUUAUAGGAAAAAAAAAAAAAAAAAAAGAAAAGAGAGGAUUUUUCGAAAACUGGAUGGAUCAGUUUCUGUACACGAGUAUUCGGUGUCGUAAAAUGAUGUUCGACGAACGAGGUUAGAACAACUGUUAAAUAACGGAUUCGACUCUCGUUGAAAUGGCCAGAAAUGAAGAAAAAAGAAAAAAAAACACGAAAGGAUAAAUAAAAGAGAAAGAAAGGAAAAAAGAAGGGAAAUCCACGGAUAAAAUUACGUUUUUUUUUUGUGGACUUAGAAUUUAAUGUUCAUCGCGUUGUAUGGAUAGUUCGUAUAAAAUUAUAUAUAUAUUAUAUACAUAUAAUAUAUAUAUAUUAUAUAUUAUCACUGUAAAACAAAGUAACUGAUUUUUUGCGAGGAAUAGAUAGCGUAGUUAUUACAAAUAUAGGAGAGAAUAACAUAUUUUUGGAGUUACUACUAGAGGAUUGAUAUUGUAUUGUGCUCUGUGAAUUCUUAAACGUCUGUCUUCUUACGUUCUUGGUCUUUAAUCGUCGGAUUGCUCAUCACGAUCGGACCACAUUUACAAUUUAGAAACGAAUAAUGAAAAAAAGAAAAAAAAAAAAAAAAAAGAAAAAGAAAAAAAGAAGAAGCAGAGAGAGAGAGAAAAAACCCAAACGGCGUAUACUAUCGGCGUAUAUGUGUAUGUAUAUACGAUACUUAUCUUAAAUUUCGUUUGGUCGCGACUCGUCAACUAGAAUUUUGCUCACGAUCCCAUACGCACGAAUUUCUUUGUUCGGUUUACGUGCGCGCGCGAUCUCGUAGAUUAUAUGUAUAUGUAUAUAUAUACACCGUGCAAAGAGAAAUUACAAUAGUCCGUAGUUUUAAUUCGUACCUUGAGACUUCUCUGAAACGAUUCAAAAUUUUGAUGAAAUUUUGAAUCGAGACGAACUGCGGAGACCGCUGUUAGAUAUCUCAGAUGUUUCCUCUUUUGUUGUUUUUUUUUCUUUUUCUCUUUUAUUUUUCUUUUUUUUUUUUUUUUUUUUUUUAAUUUCUUUCGUUUCCUUUCUUCUGCUCCGUAUCGUAACUCGACACGAGUAAAUGAAGUCCGAUUAGAGAAGCAAGAAGUAAAUGAUAGAAACCGUGCGGGUAAAAUUAGGCUAGAAUCGACGAUUCACAUCUGACUGUUCUUCGAUGUUCUUAAUGUUCACUAUUAUACUAUGGUAAUAUUGCAAAUAAUAUUAACGGUAGUACUUGUAUUAUAUACGUUUGUCAACAAUUAUGCAUAAUGUUAUACGAAUAAGGGGCUAAUCUAUUAAUAGUUUUUAAACGAAAAUGGGGGGAGGGAGCGCGGGGGAGGGGGAAAGAACACUCGUGUAAACACAUCACUGCUGCUUAGACAUUGUUAUAUUGUUAUAAUAAUACGAUUUUUCUCGUCUUUAAUGGGUGACGGAAUUAGGAUCGAUAAUUAGAGAUUUACGCCUUGGCAUAGUUUGAUAGUAUUCGCUGUGGAAGAAAGUAGAAAUUUUGGUGUUUCGAUGUUCGUACGAUUUAGAUAUAUAGAAUUUUUCUUUCUUCUACUUCUAGUUUUCUUUUUAUAAUAUUCGUUUCCUUCUUUUCAACGUUUCUUUUUCGACGAAAAAACACGCGUUCCCAUGUUGUUUUCGUUUCGUGCCACGUGGAAGAAACAUUCUACUUAUUGGACUUAUUUACCAGAUCGGUAUUUUCACAAAGAGAUAAAGCGAAUUUUCAAGCGAACAAACUUUUUUUUUUUCUUCUUCUAUAGGUAGUUUCAAAGGUAUUGGUUGUUUAUUCUUCACCGGUGUUCAAAGGAUUCUCCUUGGUUCGCUCAACUUCGGGAUUCCUUCCACAAGAUUUUCAAUCGUACGAAAAUCUGAUUUCUAUAGAUUUCUAUCCAACUUUGAAAUAAUGAAAGUUAAAACUAAACUAAAGGUGAAAUUCGGUGAGGAAAGAAAGAAAGGAAAAAAUAACGGUUCGUAACGAAGUUAAAACAGGUCUAUCUAAACUUCUUUAAAACUUAGAACUUUAUACAAUCGUACGAAUAAGACGAAUUCGCUGUUACAGAUAAAUCUAUUCGCUAUAUGGCUAUAUUAUAUAUUUGUACCGCCUAUGAAUGUUCGCCUUUUGUGUAUUUUAAUUAUACUAUGAUAGCAGUAGCACUAUUUGUAACUAUUAUUAUUGGAUAACGGAUUUAACAUCGUUGUGAUUACAAAUUAUUGUAUUGUUUCAUUCGUGUCGUAUGGGCUGAUACAACAUACCUUGUUGUAUCUUUUAAUUAAUUUUUUAAUCAAUCUAAAUUGAUCGUAAGAUAUCUUGGAAAAAUAAGGUAUAUAUGUAUAUAUGGAUCUUUUCAUCUUCCACGACGACAGUGUGUUUGGUAUCUUUUCGUUCUCUGAUCGUAAUUUUCUCUUCCACUUGUUCGAAAGAAGCCGGGCUUGUUCGGAAAGGUGACAAAAAAAAAAACAAAUUUUUCUUUUUUUUUUUUUUUUUCCAAAAAUUCUCGAACUUUUCAGUCGAUUUUUCACUCGUCUUUUCCCUUUCUUCUUGUUUAAUCCUUUUCACGCGAAGAAUUUUCAUAGCAUUGCCUUAUCGCGGUAACAUUAUCAUCGAUACAUGUAUAAUAGUUACACGUACACAUAUACACACAUACACAUACACACAUGUUGAGAGGAUAAGUCCUUCGUGCCGUCGAUUAAUAUUGACAUUGUUUGCCAAACUUCUUUAUCCUAUACGUAACGAAUACAAGUGUAUAAAUGUGUAAAUUAUCGUUACCACGGUGUCACCGAAUUCAUCGAAAGUUUUGAACAAGAUCGAUCUUCUUUUCGAUUUCGUUCUUCUUGAAUCGAGAAAUAAGACAAAUUGUACACUUCGCGGUGUCAGGUUUUCAAAAUUUCAAAAAAAAAUUCGAAAAGAAACGAAAAACGUUAAACUCGAUGGAUUCGGUAUGAUCGUGGAUCCAGCAACGUAGCAUAAACCCCGAUCGAUCGCUGUCGUAGCGAGUGUAAAGUGAAGUUUCUAAAUGGCGGUAUUUAGCGUAGGAAAACGAACGGAGAAAUAAAAAGGAAAAGGCAGAGAGGGAAAGAGAGAGAGAGAGAGAGAGUGAGUGAGUGAAACACACACGUACACACGGAGGAGGAAAGGAGGAGAAAAAGAAAAAGUUUUUUUUAAGCUUUCGCAGAAAGUCUGUCUUAAAGUAUUAAAACUCUCAGGCUGCGCCGAUUGUCUUUGCCGCGUGCGUAAUGGCGGAGUCGUCGAACGAGAAUGGCGUACAACAGAUAUCCGAGCAUCCGAGAGACGGCUAUUUUCUGUCUACCGCUUUUCACUUUGCGCGACUUCCGCUGUAGAAUUUUAGAACACAGAAGAAGGCGCAACUUGUAUUCGCGUUGUAAUCGAUAGGAGGGAAGAAAUCGACGAACGGUUUUUCUCUUCCCGUGUUUGUUUACAAACACGAUCGAAUCAGCUUAAAAAACGCAUGGCCUGUAAAAAUGUAUCGGUGUGUCGAAACUACCGAGUGCAAGCACUCGUAUUUAUCGACUCAUCAAAUUUAUUUACUAGUAGAGCGUGCCUUAUAUCGACGAUCCAUGCAGAAUAUCUUCUAGAAUUUCGUUUAUCGACCGGGCUAAUUAUUUUCGUUAACUUAGAAUUCGAUUCGUCUCGCUUUUAUGCUCGGUUAUUUCGUUGAACACCGUUUCUCUUUACACACACACACACACACAUACAUACAUACACACGUACACACAUAUAUAUAUAUAUAUAUAUACAUAUACAUAUAUGAAUAUACAUCAUAUACAUAUAUAAAAAUUGUAUAAUAGAAGGCAAAGAAAAAUUGAGAUAUCCACUGCUUGCGCGUGCGAUGAAUUAUUUCAGAGGUCGACCAGAGUACAAAGCAUAGGUUUAGUUUGGUCUCGGAAAUAGUUUGUGCACGAAUACGGAACUAUACGAAUCCGAAUGUCGUCGUCGUCGUCGAAUAUUAGAAAAACUGUUGGAAAAAAUUGGUAAUAAUAAUAAGUUUCGAGAGAAAGGAAUUAUUAUAUGGACUAGCGAACGAACGAGAAAGAAAGAAAGAAAGAAAAAAAAAGAGGAAGAAGAUCGAGAAGAAAGUGUAGAAAAACUGCGAAAGAACCGCUGCGUUACGGUUCACGGCGUUGGGUCGACCGACCGCGACGAGUCCUGUUCUUUGGCUUCACUUUAGUGUGUCUGACAAUAAACGCCUCGUUGGAGAGAACGAUGGAAAACGAACGACAAUUAUAAAUCAAUCAGCAGACAAAUCAAAAAGUAUUUAGGCUUUAAAUUGUACAGUGAAUCAAACGAUUCUCGAAAUCUUCUUCGUCACUGUCGACCGACACGACGUUUCGAUACUGUAAUGGAAUUAAGGGUCAUUAUAAUAUCAUCUAGUAGAUAACGGAAAAAUUCUAAUCUUCUCAUCUCGAAAUGGCUCGUCACUACCGGAAUCUAUAGAUAACUACACGUAGAAAAUCUCGUCUCGAUUAGAGAAAAAAAAAACAAAACGAUCGACUAUCGACUGAAUAUUUUUCUUCGUUAAUAAUAAUAAUAAUAAUGAUGAUGAUGAUGAUGAUGAUGAUGAUAAUAAAAUUCAUUUUUUGGAUUUUAUCGAAAUUUUGGUGGUGACGAGAUCCGCGUACUUUCGACAACAGGGGUUUUGACUAAUCGGUGACGACUUACUUAACGAACAUUUCUCAAUUUUUAAGUCGCGCAUCGGCAUUUAGGUGCAUACAUCCUGGGGGCAAAAAGUCUAUUUGAUAUUUAUAUUUUAAUAUACACGGGCCGAUUAUAUUUAGUGUAUUGUAAUUAUUGAAUAUUAAUUGAAAGCCCCGGGGACUGCUCGUCCAGCGACAAAUUAAAAUCGACACAAUUGCGAACUAAUGGGAGAUAAAAUUGACUCGAUGGACGAGCAGGCUACCGGGACAAGAACCACGAUUUUCUGUAUAUUACUGUAGUAUAAUAAUCAAAUACUAAAGACUAAUGCUUAAGGUGAUCGAUGAGAGCUUCGAUGCUCUUUGAAGCCGCGUAAAAAAAAUGUAAUCAAGGAAAUAAGCUAUGCAACUUGAACGAUUGAUAAUUAGCAAAAAAAAAAAAAAAAAAAACAGGAAAGAAAAAAGAAGAAAUGAAUAAACGAAAAGAAACAUUUAAAAUAAUAAUGAUAAUAAUAAUAAUAAUAAUAAUAAUAACAAUAAAAAUGCAAAAAGUAUAAACGACAGAGAAAGAAAGAGAAAAGUUCACGCAAGCAUCACUAUGUUCUAAAUAGUUAAUAAAUACAGAUGUCCGUGUAUUCGCUCGGACACUUUUUCAACUGAAUUUUCGCUGUCUUUUUACGGUUCUAUUCUUUUCAAACGUUGUCUCCCUUUUUUUCUCUCUUUUAUGCUACGGCCGCGAAUCCUUAUUCCAAUCAUCAUCCGAUCGACGAGUCUGUUUUAUCCUUUUCGUCGGUAAACAAACAGAGAUAACCGCAUCGUCCACGUCACACCUUCCACACGCUUGAAAGGAAGUCGUAUCAGGAAAAGGAAAGAAGUAUCGGGUAUCGCUAUUACCGGUUUCACUUCCCGCGUUUUUUUUUUUUUAGUUUCUCUCGCAAUCUCAAUACUCUUGGCGUCUUGCGUUGUGUGCAGCGGGAAGAGAUCUCGCCGAUUGAAAAAAUAUCAAGCAAAAGAAUUGUCGUUGAACAAUCGAGACAAUUCGAGCGAUCGACGAGGAAACUCGUGGGUCAAAGAAAAUCGAGAAAAGAAAAAGAACCGGACAAAUGCAUCGCCGAACAUUCCCCAAGUACCAGGCAAUUCCGGAAAGAAGCUUUUGAAAAGAGAAGAGAGAAAGGAAAAGAAAUUAUAGUUCACUACUUCGUGUGUAAUUUAUGUACCUGUUAUCACUUAAGCACGCAAUCAAACGAGCCGUUCGAUCGGAAUAAAAAGGAAGAAAAAGAAAAAAAAAAUUUACGAUCAACGUGGAACUUUUGAUCAAAAAAAAAAAAAGAAACUCACGUUCUUAUAAGCCAUAGGUGAAAAACUCGUUAAUAGAAGUGGAAGAGGAGCAAACGAAACGUCCCUUUUUUAUAACUUUGCAUCGAACUCAACGAACCACGCUGGCGAAUUUUUUCUCCUCGGGCACGAACAAAAAAAAUUUUAGCCCGUGUCUAUGUUCGCUACGUGUUUCUUCUCUGUUUCUAUAACUGUGCUUUUAGCGCGAUACGUUUCGAACACAUUUUUACGUGAUGCAUUUACACACACACACACGUACACACCACAUAUAUAUACAUACACACACAAAUAAUGGAAACGUGUAACGUACUGGAUUUUUAUUCGAACCUUACUCGUAGAACACGUAUUUAAAAAAACAGUCUAAUUGUACGAUAAAAAUUUAGAAAGCAACAAGAAUUUCAUAGCGCGCAAAAGUAACGACACAUUGUAUACACGUACAUACAGUUAGAAAUGUGUAUUCUUCGAGUGUAAGUUUCUCGUAGUUUUUUAAUCGUGUUAGUUAUUAUUAAAGUUAACUAUCUGUCCUAAGUAAUUGACCAAAACGGACUAACUUUAUCUUCUUAGAAAGUUACGGCAAAGCGACUGAGCGAUUCGAUAUAUUUGAAAGUGCUCGAGUAGUAUACUCGGCAAGUAUACUCAAGAGUACUCGCAAAAGAUCUCGUCUUUCUGAAUCUUUCUUAGAAUCCAGGUUUUGCGUUUACUAAUUUCUAAAAAGAAAUUUAACGACUUUUCCAAAUUGAAUUGUGUAGCUUCAGUCUAGAAAAGAACAUAUCAACGUGUCACGGUCGUCGAUACCAAAAAUUUGAUAUCCAUUCUCCUCGUAAAAAUUUCUAUUGAGAAAAAAAAAAAAGAAAAAAGACAGAAAAGUUAAACACCUAUAUCCCUUUCCUUUUUUUUGUUCGCCCUUAAUUUGUCGAAAAACGUACCGUUCACCUAGAUAGUACAAUAAAGAGUAGAAAUUCCUUGCGAACGUGCAAAUAAGCGGGGAUUUUUAAUCACGAAUUCACGUGCAUCCUGAUUAACCCAAGUAGUUAAAUUGCAAAAUAUAUUAGAUGUAAUUAAACGAAUUGAAAACCGACCGUGCGGUAGUUACCACUUUCCAAAUAUGCAUUUUCAUCAUGAUUGAUAGCAAAACGAUUGGUUCGAAAUUGGUAAUAUAUCCUGGUCUAUCUGAUAAAUCGCACACAAAAAUGUUAAGAAACGCAGAAAGCUUUGAAAUAACAACAAUAAUUAACAAUAUAGUUGCAACUUUGGCAAGAUAAAAAAAUAAAAAGAAAACCUGAAAAAAAAGAUAUGUAUAUAUAAGUAUUAACGCGUCUUUCUCGUAUCGUACAUUAUCAUUUAUUUUCAACCUAAUGUAAUAUUUCAUAAAGAAUAAAUAAAUUUUUUUUAAGAAGGAAAAAA